AUGUCCACAAACCACUCCAUUGCAGCCUCAAUCCACAUGGCAAAUUCCAGCGGUGUGCAGAUUUCCUCACGAAAGAUGAUAAGAUUUGAGGAACAGCCGCAGAAUAAGAGACAAUGGAAUGAGAAAGCUACCGGCUAUGUUCCUCUCCAGCCCAACGAGCCGAACCUCCAUUUUGUGCGACCAAUUAAGAAAAACUGGCUGCCAUCACCUAACUCUAAUAAUCGCAAUUCAGAGGGGAUAACCUUCUCAUGGGUCAAUGGCCGACUUUCGGUGGAUGAUUAUACCCGCGGGGCGCUUUGUUACAUAUUACAAGGAAUCCAAGGCGCAAAGCUUCCGUUCCUGAAGCUCCGUGAAGCUCUGUGGUCUCCUGGUAUCGAGGUCCAAGAUAUCCAUGAGGUAGAAGAGCUCCUACUCCUACGUGAAAUGGAGGACCUGGAAUGUGAACACAAUAUUUUAACCUAG